CUGUACAACACGUAGGUUUAUCAUCGCUUCCAAGAUACUCAAAAAGCGAGCAGCGAUGACAUCAUCACCAUACGAGAUUACGCAUGCUUAUCUCUUUGUUCUUCGCUGAUGCCAUUCAUCUGAUCGCUGACACUGUCUUCCUCCCCUUCACUUCACUUCUGUUCACUUCCAGUUGACCAACAUCAAAGCUUGAGUGUCCAUGUAAUAUGAUUAGUACUGUUUCUGCCUCACAUUGUAGCAGAGCUACUUGACACAGGUAAACACCAAUGGAAGAGAUACUUUAUACAGCUAAGCAGCAAUGGAGGAGAUGGACAGCUAAACACCAAUAGAAGAGCUACUUGAUACAGCUAAGCAUCGAUCUGAAAUGCCCUAAUCGUUAUUAUAUUUCGUAUGGGGGUGAGCCGUGGUCAUACGAUCGAGAAAUUUCUAAUCGCCACCAGUGGAAGUGCUACUUUACACAGCUAAGCACCAAUGGAAGAUCUACACCGAUGGAAGAGCUACUUGAUACAGCUAAGUACCAUGAACAUGAACGCAUGAACAGAAUGCACGCUUUCUUUGCAAAGUUGUUAAAUAUUUUAUUUCACAUCAAGUAUAGCUCUGCAAUUUGAGAUAUGAUCUUACCAAGUGGUGAAAUAUUUCAGGUGUACAGUGUUAGCUUAUCUGAAAAGGGAUCCCUUUCUUACUAUUGUGUUUUACAGCGAAACAGCAUGAAAACAGGAAAAGGUUGAGUUAUUUUCGUAUAACUUCAAGGAGUAAAAUUUUCCUCAGUGUUUCAGAUUUCUUUUAGCUGACAAUUUAUGACAUUUAAAUACUGUCUGUUUACAUUCCAGAGAAAACCAACAAGAAGAGAUGAGCAAGUUGAGUUAUUUUCGUAACACCAAGGAGUACAAUUUUAUUUUCGAUACCAUUGGAUCACGUGUGCGCUACUGGGCCAAAAUCCAACCGAAUAAAGCCGCUUUGGUGGUGCACAUGAGUGAUGUUCGGAGGUCCUUCAUAACGUUUGGAGAGCUUUAUGAGAAGGCAGAGAGUUUGGCCAAAUACUACGUUAGCGUUGGGAUAACACCCGGGGACCGAGUGGCUGUGUUUGUGUAUAACAGCACGGAGUGGCUCAUCACAUCAAUCGCCGGCUCACUGGCUGGAGUCGUCAGCAUCAAUUCGUCCACUUUCGCUUCCCAGAAGGAUCUUGAUUUCGUGAAAACCAUCGGCUGUAAGCUUCUGGUGGCGGACAUGCGCGAUGAAAAACUAAAACAUUUCAUGACCAGAAACAUUGAGGAUCUGAGGUCAAAAGGGUUUGCUUUGAAAGUCAUUGCCGUGGAGGAUCACAACGACGCUUCGGCUGAAACCAACUUUCACAAGAUCCUUGCCGAUAUGAAAAGUAAGGACAUAAGUUUACCAGAUAAUAUAGAUCCAGAGGAUCUGACCACUGUGUUCCACACAUCUGGCAGCACGGGCGUUCCAAAGUUCGUGCCUUAUUCUCAUAUGGCUGUCAUCAAUAAUCUUUUGUUUUUGUAUACAGAAAUGGGGCUGGAAAAUAAUGAUGUCUUCUUCUGUGACAGGCCUAUGGGAUAUGUUGCUGGAAGCCCAAUGGUAAUCGCUGUCUUGGGCUGUACGUUUGUCACACUGAACACCCAAAGCACAGUGCGUGACGGCUUGUCACGCCAGGUCUGUAAGAUUCUCAAGCAAGAAGCCGUCACAUGUGGAUACUUCCCGCCUUAUAUCCUCUAUGAUUUCGAAAAGCUGAAACUUACCGCUCCAGAUCAGCUUCCUUUUUUCAAAACUAUUGUCACCUCAGGUCAACGACUGUCCAAAAGUCUUCUCCGGCGUUUUCGUGAAUUUGGCGAAAAACUGUGCUUGAAUUAUGGUACGACUGAGACUGCUGGUGUGACCUUGUCGAAUGUCGAUGAACUGCCCGAUGUUGAAGACGACCUCAUCGGUAGUCCUCUUCCCGCCACAGAAAUGAAGAUCGUUGAUGAGCACGGCCAUGUUGUCCCUGUGAACACAGACGGGGAAAUUUGUGUCCGUAACAUCAGCACAGCGAAGAAUUAUUUAACCACUGAUGGACAGUUUGUAAAACUAACGGAUGAGAACGGCUGGUUUCACACGGGCGACAUAGGCUAUAUGCUGGACGACGAGAAGAGUUUCUGUAUUAAGGGUCGCUUAGUUGAGAUCAUAAAAAGAUCGACGAUAAAGAUAUUUCCAGCAUCUAUUGAAAAGGUCAUCACCAAACAUCCAGCUAUUGCAGAGGUUGUUGUUGUUGGAAUUCCGGAUGAGCGCAUGUAUCAAGAGGUUUGCGCAUGUGUCAUUGUGAAAACAGGAUGUGAUGUUUCGGCUGCAGAUCUGGAAACGUACGCGUUGGAGCAAUUUCAGCCUGACUUGUCUCCUGACGGAAAGGGCUUGAUGCCUGGAACAUUUUUGACCUUUGAAACUUUUCCUCGACUUGCAUCACAAAAGGUCGAUCGUCGACAAAUUGCGGAACUAGCCAAACAGCGUACAAGUGAUAUUUGCGAUGCAGACUGACAUAGAUGGAUCGAAGUUUUCAUAAUCUAGCACAGUCUCAUUUCUGAGCGGAAAUCUAAUGUAAGCAAACUUUGCCGUGACAGUAUCACUGCUUGUCUCGUUAAACGGGCAGGCGGUUUGCUAUAACCCUCCGUUCUCGCGAUCACUCACACAAGGCGCGUAAGAAUUACAACCCGGACUGGCACGGGACGACAAUUCGAAUUAUGACCAAGUCUAGCGCCCGGGGCGUACGGCGCGAGACUCUAGCAUAAACGCAAAGAAUAUAUUGAACGAGUUAAAUUACUAUCGGUGUAGGCUACUCAACAUCCAUGCUUUGAAUUCGUAAUACAUUACCUCGAUUUACGCUAACAGGAGAGAUUGGUGUGGAUAGCAUGGUGCGCAAUGAUAUUUUCCAGUACAACUAUGUUGGACCGGUUCCGAGUGAAUGACCUUUCCCCCAAAACACCUUGAAUCACUGUAAAACUAGAUAAAACUAGAACGCGGCCAGCAUUAUGGUGGGUGGAAACCGAGCAGAGCCCGGGGGAGACCCACGACCAUCCGCAGGUUGCUGGUAGACCUUCUUACGUACAAGUUGUAUUUAAGGUCGAACGGAGGUCUAGAGAUCAACUCAUAGUUUGUGCAUAGUUUCCAGAAAUACAAGAUUUUUUUCCUGUCAGCCUCAUCAAAAUCAUCUCAGUUUGACAUAUCUUUAACUGUUACGUUUGGGUAAUAAAAUUAAAAAUGAAUAUUUCAAGGUCGUGUGCUAAGUCAUAUUACAACCACCAUAUUCACAAAAUAUUACACAUUUCAACAUAUCCUAGUGGUGUGCAUGGAUGGGCGUAAUUCUGCGAUUCAUGCAGGCCAUCCUUAUGUCACGUCAAUGAAAGCGCCGAGCUAAUAUCUUAUUCCCAUAAGAUGAAACAGAUAUCAAACAUCCCCAUUUCUGUAAGGAAAACAGGAAUAGAUUGAUAUUCUACCUAAGACACAAAUUGCUAAAACUGUGUGGUAUAAUUUGAUGCCAUAAUUGGUUUACUGCUUCUACCAUUAACAACUUCAACACGUCCAUAACAUGUAAUGGGUAAAUAAUGGGGAUCGGAAAGGCGGAGGCCAAAACACCUUAUCUCAUCCCAUGACUAGAGUUCACUCGUGGACUCAUCGUAAAUUUCAAUGUUGUUUACAUUUGCGCUAGGAUUUAACACCGUGAUAUGGCCUGGAGUUCAGCAUCCAGAGAGGCGAUCACGUUUCAAAUGACCCUCCUGUUCACAUCAAAUGUUCAUACAAAAACAAUUGUAUAGUUAAAAUGGAACAUUUAACAAUUAUGUUAUGAUUGUGUAAUUUUUUUGUGAGAAACAAGGUCACAUGUUGAGCCUCACAAAAUGUCUAUUCCAAAUUAAGUACGGUGCGAUGUAUUAAUAUUAUGGUGGGAGGAAACCGGGCACAGCCCGGGGGAAACCCACGACCAUCCGAAUGUAAGUAAAAUAUAAUCAAGAUGUACAGCAUACUGAAAAAGCAGAGCAGCGACGACAGUCCGAUAGCUGGCAAACGGUAAAAUGUAACCGAUGAAAUACGGUCUCUUGUGAUGCCACAUUGAAAUGAAGAAUUAAUCGUCUGUAGUUGAAUCUGCAAACUAAUGCUCUUUGUGAGCACAAGUUGUUUCCCCUUUAGCAUCACCCAGCCACAUGCAAUGGGCGGACCCAGAACAUCCGAUUUCCUAUGACCCUUUCUCGUGACAAGGUUACUUUUCAUCCCAUUCCCGAUGAAAGCAAUUUUGACGUCAAUUCGGAAAGGUAAAUGGUAGUGUGGAUAGGGGAUUGUGAUGGAAAGUAUAGGGUUUCGGUAUCAAGGAUCAGAUUUACAAUCAGGAAAGAAUGAAACGUCUCAAAUCUAAAACCUAGAAAAGUUGAGGAUCUAGUCUAAAAUAUGUGCUUUCAAAAUCUGGGACAGAAGAUGCAGAAGCUUUUCAGAAGCUUCCAUAACAAAUAUAUUUCUCCGCACACAUCGGUCACUUGCUGGCUUUCAUAUGAACAAACCUAUUAAUAACAUUUGUAAUGAAUACAUUUAUUUUUAAAAAAUCACAAGCAAGGUGCAAUAAUAUAUAUUGAUAAAACAAUAUAUCUGUGUUUGUAUUCAACGCCAACAUUUGAACGAUACCCCAAAACAUGUAAGAACAAUCUCAUCUGUUUCUGACAAGUGAAAAUUAAGUUUUGGAAUUUACGCCUUCUGAUCAACAUACGAAUCCCGGAAAUCACACUAAAGAUUGACUGAUUGAGCACCUUCAGUUUUCUUGUUAUUUUGGUGUCACUUUCUUCUUCAGUUCUUACUAACAAACUUCACGACAACUAUAUAUCUGUGGCAGAUGAGCAACACUAUCGACGGCGGAAACACGUGACGGACGUGUA